AACAUUUCUGAGAUCUUUUAUUUCAGCUCAUGAAACAUGGGACCAACACUUGACAUGUUGCAUUUAUAUUUUUGUUCAGUAUAGUUACAUUUGUAAAUUUGAUUAUUAGUAAUAGAAUAUAAACCUUUAAUCUAGUACUCGCGCCCAUCCCUAAUAGACAUCAAUUGCACAUCACACAGAUUGGCAAACUCCUAUUGGUGUUAGUCUACAUAUUGAUAGACAAAAUUACAUACCCAUGUAACUGCACUGUGCAUUGACCAAAGUCAAUUAUCAAAAUCUCAUCGACAUCCAUUCCUUUGGAAAUAAUGAUAGUAUGAUCUGGUUAAAGGAAACCACAAAGAAAGUUGUGUUUUCUGACCAUGACAUGAGACUAUAUGUAGGCUAACACAUACAAUGAUAAUUAAUUUUGUAACUGCUUUAUAAACACGUUUGUAACUGUUUUCAGGUCGAGUUACAGGACCCAGAUUAUGCCAACUCCUGGACAAAAAAAAAACGGACAAAGUUUUGAUUAUUCCCUUAACAUCUGUGGUAACCAGGUUUAGGCUCAAUUUAAAUUGAGGCAGUCAAUUUAGAAGUAAACUGAAAUUGCAAUUCAAUGAUUGAAAAAGGGAAUCUAUUUUUCACUACUUCUCAAUAAACUGAAAAGGAGAAGCUAUUUAUGUAAAAAGUUGUAAAAUGUUCUGAUUUUAAAUUCAACUCACUUCCUGAAUUGACUGACUUCAAUUGCAACAAGCCAGAGUAAUUGAUUUCUUGUAAAUUAAUAAAAAAUAUUGUGUCAACUGCCAGAGACAACUUAAUUACAGAGGGGAAGCACCAGAGUAUGAAAUCGGACAUGACCCAUUGAUUGCAUUACAAGAGUAAAAAACUAUAGAUCUGAAAGAGUUGUGGUACAGUGCCAUAGCGUUAUGUUGUUUGGGGGGAUACCAGAACCAGUAACUGAUUUCAAAAGAAACUCCCAUCACAUUGCCUAUAUAUACCAUGAUCAUCAAACAUCAGAUAAACUGCACCAAACAUCUCUCACGGGGGCUAUGGAGUCUCCAACAGCCUAUAGAAUCUACAGACGGUAGACAAGAGUGAACCUAAUAAGUAGGCCAUCUGUCCAGUACAACACCUUUCCAUGCUUCACUCUUAUAUUCCUGGCUAUACAUUCAAGCCAAACUGGACUGUUCAAAUUUAAGUUCAGCUCGUCCUUUGGGAGAAGCCAAAUAUCUUUUUAACCAAGUAAAAAUUCCACUGUUUCUUUUUAAUUAAGGACAUUAUUUAACUAACCUAUAACCCUGAAUCAAUAAAUGGCAAGCAUGAAUAGGCUGAAACAAUUGCUGUAUGGCUAUGAUUUAUGUUGUACUGUAUUGGUAGAACUCUGAUUAUUGAUUUUAUCUCGCUGAUUGACCAGAAUCUGGCACUGGCAGCUGUCUCAACUGUUCAGUCAUACAUAGUGUACUGUCAGCACUGGCAACCCUGGUAAAAUUUGGGUCACAGAAGUUCAGGUGAUGCGCAUCGACAGAUGUGGAGGGGGCACAAAUGAUUUUUUUAAAGCUUUUUGGUGGCCUCAUCGCGGCUGGAUGACCCUCGGGGAUUCAAAUCACCGGCAGUCUGUCCAUGCUGCUGCAAGGUAAAUGGAAAUGACUCUGUCAUUGAUUUCUCUCAUUGUUUAUAAGUUAAAUCACCAAGGGGAAUGCCUUUAUUUUUGGCAAAGCAGGACUACUGAAAGGAGCAAGAGAGGCAAAUAAUAAACAUGAUAAUCGAUGGCUUGCUUCUUCGUACAUUUUGAUAUCUGCUUUACAAAUAUGUGAUGCUCCAUAUUCAUGAUAAAUUUACAUCUGUCUUCGAUGUACAUUUCCUUUUUUUCCCCUGAUAAAGACACAACGAUGCCCAUGUAAAGAUGGGGGAUUGGAAUUUCCUAGGGGGGAUAUUGGAGGAGGUGCAUAUCCACUCCACUAUGGUGGGAAAGAUCUGGCUCACCAUCCUAUUCAUCUUCCGCAUGCUGGUGUUGGGUGUGGCGGCCGAGGAUGUGUGGAACGAUGAGCAGGCCGACUUCAUCUGCAACACGGAGCAGCCCGGGUGCCGGAACGUCUGCUAUGACCUGGCUUUCCCCAUAUCCCUCAUCCGCUUCUGGGUCCUUCAGGUCAUCUUUGUCUCAUCGCCCUCGCUGGUGUACAUGGGCCAUGCUCUCUACCGCCUCCGAGCCCUGGAGAAGGAGCGGCAGAAAAAGAAGGUCCUGCUGCGUCGCGAGCUAGAGCUGGUGGACGUGGAGAUGGUGGCGGCUCGGAAAACGAUUGAGCGAGAGGUGAGGCAGCUGGAGCAAGGCAAGCUCAACAAGGCUCCGCUGUCGGGGUCCCUGCUGCGCACCUACGUGGCCCACAUCAUUACCCGCUCCGCCGUGGAGGUAGGCUUUAUAACGGGCCAGUACAUCCUCUAUGGCUUCCAGCUCUCCCCUCUCUUCAAGUGCGAGCGUGAGCCUUGCCCCAACGCGGUGGACUGCUUCGUCUCCCGGCCCACAGAGAAGAGUGUCUUCAUGGUCUUUAUGCAAUGCAUUGCUGUAGUCUCCCUCUUCCUAAACAUCUUGGAGAUCAUGCACCUGGGCUACAAGAAGGUCAAGAAGGGCAUCCUGGACUACUAUCCACACCUGCAAGACGAGCUUGACGACUUCUACUCAAGCAAAACCAAGAAAGACUCCGUGGUGCAUCAGACAUGCAUUGCUUCCUCCGGCUGCAAUCCCACCAUGGCCUCCGCGCCCAGUGGCUACAACCUCCUACUGGAGCGGGCCCAGGACGGUCACACCUACCCCUCCCUUAUCAACCCCUCUGCCUUCCUCCCUGUUCAGGGUGAACUGGCUGGUAAACGGAGCGUGGAAGAACUCAAAGAUGCUGCACAUAGCCCGACGGAGCACAACUCCAACUCCAAUAAUACCAGCAGUGACAGUCGCUCACCGCCCUGCGACUCAGUGACCCCGCCAAAGCAGGAGGAGCCAGAGGAGUCUGCACACCUUCCCCCUCACAGCGAGGAGGAAGAGAAGAGGGGGAGCCCAGACUCUCCCAGGCGCCCAAGGGACCCAUCUCACGCCUCCUCCUGCCCGACAUUGCUAGUAGGCGCCGGAAGGAAAACAUGGAGGGUCAAUGCUCCCUCAAAUUGUUCCACAGUGGUGGAGGGCAAAAGCUCAGACACAGAUUCUUAUGGGGGUGCUAAGGCCAGUGGUGGGUACCAAGCCCGGACUGCAUCAAAAUCGGAACCCAAAAUGCGUCCCUCCACCCCAGACUCACUGGGGGACUCAAGUUCAGGGUCACAGCACAGUCCGAGACCACCCUCUUCCAAUCGCCGACAAUCAUCCACAAGCAACGCAAGUAGUAGACGAGCCCCUACAGACUUACAAGUUUGAAUGCUAAGAGUAAAACCUCAUCUUAUAUCCCUCAUCAGACAAAAAAAAAUACUUUAUUUCAAAACACAGGGAUCAGAAGAACAUGACACGAGUUGUGACAUUGGGUUAGGGUUCGGAGGGAGAUCUGUUGCAGUAGUCCAGCAAAAUGGAUAGAUGUGUUUUAUAAGAUGUCACCUCUGUUUAUUGCUUACUGUACUGUUGAUCUUCUAUGUGGUAGUUUAUUUUUGUAUUCACCAGCUUCAAAGCCUCAUACUUUGUGAUGACGUAAGACACAGUAGAUCAAACAUUGGGUGUGGGGACUGGCUAUUGGGAAUAUUGACCUGCUUUUAAAAGUGUUGUGGCUAAGAGAGAAAAACAGUACAGAUCACACAGCAGUGACACCGAAAAAUGCU